AUGGCUCCACGAUCAGUGGAGAUAGGGAGAAAUGAGACUUCUGUGACCACAUUCAUCCUCCUAGGAUUCUCAGACCAACCUGACCUCUGGAUCAUCCUCUUUGUAAUAUUCUUGGGAAUCUAUCUCAUGACUUUUACCUGUAACCUGGGCCUCAUCAUUCUUAUCAGGACUGACUCCCAUCUUCACUCUCCAAUGUACUUCUUCCUCAGUUUCUUGGCCUUCAUAGACAUCUGCUAUUCUUCUGCUAUCAGCCCAAGAAUGCUCUCUGAUUUCUUCCACGAGGAAAAGAGUAUUUCCCUCAUGGGCUGUGCCACUCAGUAUUUCUUCAUGUCCUGGAUGGGGCUGGCUGAGUGCUGUCUCUUGUCCAUCAUGGCAUAUGACCGCUAUGUGGCCAUCUGCAGCCCACUGAGAUACUCCACCAUCAUGGAUCUCCGAGUAUGUGAAAAGAUGGUGGUUGGGGCUUAUGUGAGUGGGUUUUUCAGUAGCCUUACUCAAACUAUUUCUGGCUUCCACCUCCAUUUUUGUGGGUCAAACAUAAUUAACCACUUUUUCUGUGAUGUGUCUCAGCUCAUGGCCCUGUCCUGCUCCAACCCCUUUAUCAUUCAAAUAAUUUUAUUGGUUAUGGUAGUUCUUGUUGGAUUCUUUUUAUUCCCCACUAUCCUCAUGUCCUAUGGCUACAUCACAGUCACAGUCCUGAAAAUGCCUUCAGCCAAGGGAAGGAGGAAGGCUUUCAUUACCUGUGCCUCUCACCUGACGGUUGUGAUACUCUUCUAUGGUACUGGCUUUUCUGUGUACAUUCAAUCCAGCUCUACCCACUCCAAACACCUGGACAAGGUGCUAUCUGUCUUCUACGUCAUCCUAAUCCCCAUGCUGAACCCACUGAUCUAUAGUCUCAGGAACAAAGAGAUCAAAGAUGCCCUGAAGAGAGUCUUGGAGGAGAGUAAGGUGUACUAA